GCGAGUUUGGUUCUGAAUCUUGUUGUAUGUCAGUCCCGUCCACAGUAACGUUAGUCUGAGCGGUGGAGCUGGAGCACCUGCAGAGGAGCCGGUUACUUCUUGGGGAAAAAAAAAAGUUUUUGUUUACAGCCUCAAAGUCCGUGGAAAUGUUCAACAGUAAUAUUCUCAGAGAGCCUGAAGAAGACUCAUUUUUCGAUCCCUUCCGGGCUCACGGGGAGCAUAUGCGGCAGAUGAUGCGCAGCUUCUCUGAACCCUUCGGCGGGUCCUUCAUGCCCAGCAUAAUGGAUGGGAGAAGCCGCGGUCAUGACAUGGUGGAACACCCUAGCUCAUCCCGGGCGUUGAGGGACCAACACAGGGAUAUGAGCCGGUCAUUGCUUCCCUUUGGCAGUAUUGACAGCACGAACAUGAUGAGGAACCCUUUCGACAUGUUCGACAACAUGAUGGCCAACGUGAGAGACAGGAUGGAAGAGAUGCACAGAAACUUUGAGAACAUGUCCACAGAUUCAAACACCCACUCGUUUAGCUCCUCUUCGGUCAUGACGUAUUCAAAGGUUGGAAAUGAGCCUCCCAAGGUCUUCCAGGCGAGCUCAACGACGCGCUGUGCUCCUGGAGGAAUCAAAGAGACCCGGCGAGCAGUUAAAGACUCUGAGAGUGGUGUGGAGAAGAUGGCCAUUGGUCACCACAUUCAGGACAGGGGACAUGUUGUCGAGAAGAAGUACAACAAGAAAACAGGCGAGAAGGAGUUCAACCAGGACUUUCAGAAUAUGGAUGAGUCUGAAGCGCACUCUUUUGAAGACGAGUGGCAGCAGAAGGUGUCCACGUUUCAUCCGUCCGGACCCAUGCCUCACCUGAAGGAACCCCGAUCCCGUGGCGUUCGCCAGGCAGCCAUCACCGGCCCUGAGCUGGUCCACAGAAAGCAAUCAAAGGCUGAAGGUAAAAUGAACAUGAAAGACUCGGGCUCGGUGAAGCAGUGAAAACAUCUGUUUGUCAGCUUAUUAAAGUCUUUGAAGCAUCACACAGUACACUUUGGUGCUCUGUAUCCACACACACACACACACACACACACACACACACACAUUUCAUUAACAAGCUAGACAGAAUCAGAAGACACUGACCCACAUUCUGAAGACCAUAUGCUUUACUUCACUGCAUUACUGUCCAUUUUCUAAAGUGUGCAGCACAUUAUGAAGUUUGUAAACUCGCCCAGAAUUAAAAAUCAGCUGAAGAUGGCUGCCUCGUUACAGUGGACAUUUAUUGUGCUCUUUUCAUGGGUCAAACUAUCUCCCAUCUCACUUUUUUGUUGUUGUGAAAUACAGGUGGACAGUCUAGCGAUUUUGACUUCAUCGAUCAAUCUACUUUUCAGGCGAGUCGUAGAGAGUCCUUUUACUUGCUCCCAGUUCUAGUUACUAUGAUAUAUUGUGUUGAAAAUGGAAAAGUCUACAAUCCAAAGGGUAUUUUACCAUCACAAAAAAUCGCAACUUAGAUCAUUGACUGUGAUUGUGAUUAAAUAGAUUGGGAUGACAUUUUUUUUUUUUUUGAAAAUUUCACACUUGGGUAUCUUUAAAGUCUCUGCAAGUUUAUUCCACAGUGGCAUUAAUGUAAAACGAAGGCAGUUCUCAAGUUAGUUUAAAAUAAAAUCUAAGAUGGUAUGACAUGAUUUGGAGAAAGGUGGACAGGAAUGUGAAAUGUAUUGAUUUGUAGGGAGUUGGCUGUAAAACAUGAAAAACAAGCCGCAUAAUUAUUUUACCAUAUUAAUAUGCAUACUCGCUUAUGAAACAUUACAAUAAUCUUUCACAUCAACCAGGAAACUUAAAGGGUCAUUAGUAUUUCUGUGGAUGUAGUAGUGAUAGAUUAACAAUAUUAAGAUAUACAGUAUAUUAACGUGUAAUUGGGCGUGGGCACCACUUUUAGCAUUAUGCAUUAACAGCCAGAAAGCAGUUCAUUUAUAUGAUUUUGCAUUGGAAUGGAUUUUAUUAAUCAGAUUUGCUCAAUGUGAGGAGUUCUGAUGGUGUCAUCUGUCAUAAUGCUAUGAAAUGCAACUGUUUGACAUCCACCGAUGCACUUAGACAAUGUCUGCAUUGUCUAUUUUGUAAUUAAGUACCUGCUGCUCUAGAUAUAUGUAUUUUGUCUGCUGUAAUCUUUGUAAAAAGAACAAAUUAUUACUCUUCCCGUUUUAUAUGUUACUUUGGUUUCUCUUGUUUUUCAUCGUUAUGAACUUUGUGCUGCAUAUAGCACAAAACGUCUGGGUUAUUCGCAAUAAUUCUAGCAUUGUUCUUGUAUAUUUUUUUUCAAGCUUAAAAAUACGCAAGUUCUAUGUCAACACAGACCAGUGUCUGAUAAUAAAAAUGUAAAACUAUAAAGAUUAA